UGACUAAUUAUUCUAAUUACAUUGUGUACGUAAAGACUAGCCGCUAUUACAAUAAUAACAUAUUAAUCAUUUAUUGUGUAACAUUACACGCACAAAUUACACAAAAAAGCCCUUAUUAGAUAGACAAACAAAUAAUAACUUGUCCCAUGUCACCUUGAGAAAUUGACAAGCGUGUACUGUAUCAGUGUAUUAUAGCGAUAAUAUGACCCGGUUUUGAUAUAUAUAUAGUACCUGUGAGAUCUAUGUUAAUACAAACUACGGACAAAAUGCAAUAAUAAGAAAACUGACACAUGUUGUAGAUGGCAAAAUUUGUGUCAUUGAGAAGAAGUAAAAGUGAACAGGAUAUUUACGAUACAUCAUCAUCCGAGGAUAAAACUCAUAAUGGGAUUAAACUACUUGUCCAGUUAGCUGAAGGGGAUCUCCCCGUGCUUGAUUUUCUGAACGAUUACAUACAGGACUUUUUAGACGGUAGUUACCAUGGAAACACAGAGUUUUACCUGCGGUCGCACCAGUUUGUGUCGCAACUGGAACAGUUUUACCGACAGAAGAACUCGCAAUGUCCCUACUAUCUUAUAUCAUUUUUCCGACAUAUCAUUACCCUUAUAUCAGAAACGCUAUUUUUAUCUGCCUCGAGUGACGUCUGUAAAAUUGCAGUAGAGUCUGUCGUUGUUACUUCGCCAGUGAUCAAGGUCAAACUGCGAGAUUUGUUAUCGAAUGUUGCCGAAAUUCAAGACUUGACGAUUAAACUUGAAAUUGACAUCGUAAAGCAUUUGAAAGACAGUAAAAGCUUUCAUUUAAAUCAGUUUGAUUCAAAAUCUGUGAUAACGCAAACAGAGCAGAUUUGGAGGUUACUAAGAAGGUGCGAGUCACCGAUGAAAACCGUUACCAUGGCAGUGGAAAAGAAAGCGUCAGCUAACAGAAGUUUCUUCCAAAAUGCGUCUUUGGGAAUAGGAGCAGUGUGUGCAGGUCGUUUCUUAUGGUCUUUGUGGAACGGUGAAAAUCAAGAACAGCUUAUAAACGCGGCUUUAUGGUCCGCGGGCACGGGCUUGUCUGGUGCCGUCUUACAGAUCCCACGAGCACGUGCAGAUAGAAUACUUGAAGAGCUAGCACGACAAAAAGACAAGAAAGAAGAACUUCAGGACAUAUUGAAACAUUGGCUUAUAGAAUCAGACGGUCUUUGUGCAAAGUUGGUACUCUACUCAUCGUCCAGUGGAAAAUGAUUAUGAGAAAACGAUAAGUUUAAAAUGUCCGAUUUUAAGUUUUGAAUUUUUAAAACGUUCUUGCCAGACAUAACUUUUUCACAGAAUCUUUUUCUACCUUAAAGUUUAAACAAAUAUGAAAUCCUGCGGCUUAUCAGGCUACCUUAAAUGAUAAGGGUUUUUUCUCGUAAAAAUGCUUGCAAAAUAGUAAUUUUUAUCAAAAAGCAUUGAUCUGUAUAGUUUAUACUCAUUUUCAUGAUUGCUUUGGUCAGUGAAGAAAUAUUUUUAUGAUAUUUUCUGAAGUAUUCUUAGCAUAGGGUCCGAUAAGGAUGCGUUAGCAUUACAUAUCAAACAGAAAUUAUUUCAAGAUAUUUUAAAAUUACAAUCAUUUCCAUUAACUUCAUCAACAAUCGAACUGAUUUAAGUUCAGCGAUAUUGAACUGAUUUCUUCCUUUUAAAUAUGAAUAACAGUAAAUUGUUUCAAAAUAUUGAAGGAAAGGUAGCAUGAUAUAAAGGAAAUUUUUAAAUAGCGUUUACUGUAUAUUGAUGACUUAAAUGAUAAGUAUAACCAAUGUCUCCGAAUAGUAAUGAAACGAACGUCAUGCCGCGACUCAAUAUAUCUUUCCACCGGUCCGCGCGCCAAACGUGAUUUCAUAUUCUAACAUUACUCGAUUUGAUUUCCAGUUAAACAAAGAAGGAAUCCAAGCUCUGUAUAUUCUGCGAUAAACAACGGUUGACGCACGCGGACCGGUAAGAGAUCAUUAUGACGUCAAUUAUGACGUCAAAUUGCCGCAUGACGUCCGAUACAUUACUCCUCGGGUAAAUGAAGUCCAGCAUAAUAUUUAUUAAAAUAUGUCAAUGAGCAUGUCAGAAUGAAAACAAUCAAGGCCUUCUUGUGAUUUAUCGUCUGAUUUACCACGGUUCAUCGUUCAGAUGCUUCAGUAUUUAACCACUCGGGCUAACGCCCUCGUGGUUCAAUUCCUACGCAUCUGAACUCUGAACCGUGGUAAACUAGACGAUAAACCACUCGAAGGCCUUGAUUAUUUGUUAAUUAUAACAUGGCUCGAUUUGAUUUCCAGUUAAACAAAGAAGGAAAUCAAGUUCUGUAUAUUCUGCGAUAAACAACGGUUGACGCGCGGACCGGUAAGAGAACAUUAUGACGUCAAUUAUGACGUCAAAUUGCCGAGUGACGUUCGGUACAUCAGGUAAAUGAAUUCCAUCAUGAUGUUUAUUAAAGUAUGUCAAUGAGCAUGUCAGAAUGAAAACAAUCAAUGCCUUCUUGUGAUUUAUUGUCUAAUUUACCACGGUUCAUCGUUCAGAUGCUUCAGUAUUUAACCGCUCGGGCUAACGCCCUCGUGGUUCAAUCCCUACGCAUCUGAACUCUAAUUAUUCUCCAAUUAAAGUUUAAUAUUUCUGUAGGAAGUUAGAAAUCUUAUUUACUAGUUUGUUUUCUUUCAUCGUUUACUGUUCACCUUUUUUAUUAGUCUGUAUCGUUUAAGAUGUCUUAUUGUUCAACAUAUUUAAGUAACUUUUAUCUUUGCCGGUAUACCAUAAUCACUCACCAUUCACAUAUACAUCAUUUUAACUGCGUAUGAAAUGUCAGACUUUGUAUAUACCCUAUACCUUAUAAUACCCUUGAAACGUUUAUUUUUGUGAUGCAUUUAUAGUUCAUAUAAGGAACAAAUUGCGGUUUCGGUAGUCUACAUUUGGGUAUGAAGAAUAUGGGCAUGUUUCUGAAGUGUGCAGGCCGAGGGCCUCCACGCGUACACGACCGCAUGCGUUAUUACGUCAUAACCGUGUGAGACAUAUAAGUCUAUCGUUGCGAGUGCAAAAGCUAUAAUUAUAAAAUAUUAUUCAAACUUAUUUGGUAAGGCCUUUCUUGAGUUUUGUUUUAAAUACACUUUCCGCUUCUACCUCCAGAUUUUUUAUGUCUGAAUUCAUUAGCUAUUCACUUGAAUCUUUGUCUGUUUUCAUGCAUUUAGCACCGUUUUUUUAUGAAUUAUCUCUGAUUGAGUGGUGCAAUAAAAUACAAUGUCACGCACGCCGAUAAAUAGUUAUGUUGAUAAAAUGCUUAUUAAAACGUAUUGACAAAGUAGCUGUCUCAAUAACGAACGUGCAUGUAUUUUAAAGGUACAUCUGGAACUCCCCUUUUCGGUUCUAGUUUUGUGUCAUUUGUUUCCAGACGGAAUAUUUUAUAACGAUAAAUAUCAAGAAGGCAUAGUGAAAAAUAGUUUGGUUUAUUUCUAAUUUUGAAGGCCGAAACCCCC